AAAUACAGCUAAUCCAUCUUUUGUCGCUCCCUAUCACAGAUUGAUCGGACUCAAACCUUCAGCAUAGACUUGUGAUCCACAGUCUACACACAUAUACACAGAUCAAAAGUCACGGCGAGGAUGUCUGAAGCGACUACACCGGAACAACCGCAGGAGAUUCCAGAACCGACACAGAGGGAUUCCAGAACCUUGGUAAUGUCUGAUGAUAAAGCACCACUACCUGUAAGCGAUGCCAUAGAGCGCGCUACGAGAGGAAGUGCAGUAUCGCCAAUGCCCCUAUUACCGGACGAAAUCCCCAAGUUCGAUAGUGAAGUGCGUGUCAAUGGUGACACGAGUAAUCUGGAAGAACCAGGCUUGCAUCCAUCGUUGAAUUCGCCGAUGAUUGAAUUGGAAGAAGUGGAGCAGCAAAUCACAUCCGACGCUAUUCUUGCAGGUGGCAACGAGUCCGAAGAUAUAGUCAUGAAUGACGCUGAUACACGGGAUAGAAACCAGGAUACAAAUAAUGGACCAGUCAGUGUAUCUGAGGAUAACGAUAUAGCCAUGUCAGACAACCAAACAAACGUAUUCAACAGCUCAAAAGAUGUGAUAGAGGUCGAAAAAGGCGAUAUGAAUAGUACAGAGGAUGCACCGGAAGAAUUGAGCACCAUCACAAAGGAUGUCAAGGAGCUUGUCACCGAAGUCUCUGUGUGUGCUUCCAAAGAAAUUGCUACAAAAGCUACAGCUGAAAACUCCAAGAACACAGAAAGAGUUGCUGAUGAAUCCAAGGAUGCGGAGAUGGAAGAUGAGAUCGCAGUGGAUUUUGUGACCUCAGACCUUUCACCCCUGGUUGGGACCGCGGCUGAAUCUGUGAUUACGCCUGCUAAACACAACCCGUCUAUACCUGGUGAAAUUAAAGACGUGUCUCCAAAUGGGACAACUGAAAAUCAGGGAGCCAGAUUUCGAAAUACUGAAGGUAAUACUCCGGUUGAAAGGGUCGACAAGGCUCCGUCUGACCGUACCUCAGAAGCUAUGUGCACCCAGGAUACUGACAAGGUUACAGAUGUCUCUGGACCAGCACAAACUGAAUUAUUUGAAGCUAAGAUAGAAGCAGACGGAAAGCCUGAACCCUCGUCCCAGAGCGCCCCCAGGCCAAAAGUAACCCUUCCUACUGCAUCUGACAAGGAGUAUAUCCGCCAGUUACCUUCUAUUGCGUCUUAUUCCACAGAGAAUACCUCCGCCUUCCCACAGUUAGAUAAUGUGGUAAGUAAGCUUAUUGCCACCUACUUGAAGAGUUACUUGGAAAUCGAGUUCUUUACGGAGGAUGCCUUGACGCAUUUGUCCUGCUUAGCAACCUCCUACUUAUCCCUGUUGGUUGGUAAGUUGCACAACAUCACUGAGUACCAGAGAAGACAUAACCCGGCAAUCCAGGAUUUGUACUUAAUGUUCAGGUUGGAGAACUCCAAUGUGGAAGCGGAUUCUUUCAAAUGCGGGCUAGUGCGGGAGUACGAUGAAUAUCAGAAAUUCAUGAGCCCUGACGAUAAGGUUGCCAACCCAAAACGCACUGCAAUGGUCAAAUACUACUCUGAGCUCGCCCAGGAAUCCACUGCUUUGGUGCGAAGCUACUUCCACAAUGCUGCAGGUUCUAAUAUCCUCGAGCAGGAAGUUUCAGAGUCAGAUCCGUCGGCUCCAUUCUUUAACAACGCCUACUCGUUUGCCAUCUCUGAUCUUGUGCACCCCUCCGAUAACAACACCAGCUUAGAGACAUCCACCCACGGUGCCAACGGUUACGUCCCGCUGUGGCUUCCAUUUUUCCCACCGCGCCAUACCUACAGAUCGACCCCGACAUAUGUAGAGCGGUUAACAGACAUGCGAGAGUUGAAGGUGAAGUUGGUGGACGAGAGCAGACUUGUGGAAGGUGCUUUAAUGAGUCUCUUGUUGAAGCAGGAGCAGAAGGAGGCGGUCCUCGAAGUUGUCGCUGCUUCUGAAGAAAGCGGAGAUGAGGCUUCUGAUGUGGAUGCUCAGUUUGACAAGGUUCUGGUUGUUAACAGUCCCGCAACCUCGGAAAACGAAGGAGUGGUUAUUGAAGAGGCGGGUAUUAAGUUGGGAGAGGCAGUGGAGUUCCCCAUAUCCCUAGAACUGGCCAAAACCGAAGCCCAUGUCGUUUCAGAGGUUAGUAAUGGUAAGGAAAAUUCUGUGAAGCUUGAGACGACUUUUCCUGCCAGUGCCUCUUCUGCGUCACAGAGCAAAGAAUUUGACAUUCUCAAGUAUGCGGAGAAACGGUUGAGGAGUUUGAACAAGCGUCGAAUCGCUGCGCUCUCGGACCAAUCUGAGGAAUUCGGAAAUACAGCUAAUGAAGACAAGGAUGCCGUGUUUAGAAAGCUCGAACGGUUGUUGAGCCCGUACGCCAAGAUCCCCGGGCCACACGUGGAGGCCGAACCCAUCGGCGAUAUCGUCGCUGGCAUCAUGUCUUCCGAGUACAAAAUGGUGCUCGAACAGGUCUCGUUUGCAGAGCAUCUGAAGAGACGGAAAUUGGCGAAGCAGGCCAAGAAGGCAGCCGAAUUGGUUAAGCAGAAAGAGCAGAUCGAGCAGGACCAGCGCGACAACUUUGCCAAAUACAACCAGGAAAAUGAUGCCAACGAUGAUGUUAACGGAUUUGACUUGAAUUUAGAGUUCGAUCCUUCGGAUGCUGCCCCUGGAAGCGAGGAAGAAGAAGACGACAAUUUGCGGGCAACUCUCAUUGGGAGAACGAACCCCAACGAAGAUGGCAUUCCCCUGUCGGACGAAGAAGGUGGCCCCUCUCAGCCGCAGCGUUCGUUCAGCCCCGGUUCUGGUAGCACGAAGGUCGGCGGCGACAAUUCCGGCAUAUUGGAAGACGAGUCAGGAGGUGAGCUAGUGGUGCCACAGGAAGAACAGAGCGAGUCGGUAGUGGAAGCAGCUCCAUCUCCUGUGGUUUCAGUUUCACAGGAAGCGGAUAGUGGUGAAGAUAGAGAUAUGAUUCUGCUCGAGGAGGUUUAGAUUUAAUAAUAACGAAUAACGCACUGAAAAAUGGGGUUCAUAGGGAUAAUGCGGGGGUGGAAAUUUUCUCGGCGUGUGGGUUUUUUUUUUUAGUUCUAGGUUUCAAAGGGAAGAGAAUGAAACAUGUGAGAAUCUGUGGAUGAGCUGAUCUCUUGAUUGUAUGGCAAUUUGUGGUUAUCCUGCCACAUACAAAAACAUGCAUUUGCCUAGAUAUGACCCCUUAGAGGUUCCUGACUAGAAUGGUGCAAUUAUACCAAGUUUAGGUCUUGCGGUCGAAUAACUAGCUAUGGAGACUGCCGGUGACCUUUAAUAUACCUGCCAUCCGCACACUCAAGUUCCUGGUACAAGCAAUGCAAAAUCCAUCGUUUUCGGGUAUUAAACAGCCUUUGGUAUGGGCAACACAUACUGGAAACACUGGAAUUACUGGUUGUGUAUAUUUCUAGUAUUUACUCACCGUGAAUUCCCG